AUGGACGUGUACAGGGACGUGGACAUGGACGUAGUUGCAGGCAACAAUGGCAAAUGGUGUUUGGCAGGUAGAGUUAUCCUGCCUGCGCGAUAUGUAUCGGGACAAUCCGUUGAUCAAGUCAUGGACACGUCAAAGACGAUGGAGGUGCUUGCUUUCGACCCAAAUAAUGAGGACAUCUUGUAUCUAGAGAUUGCUCAACACAUUGUCAUGUGCAACAUUCGUGAAGAAAGGUUAACGGAGGCCAACACCAAUACUUACUCGACACAAAUCGGCCUCCUCCUCCUCGAAUUCCCACCUGCACCGUGCAACGAGUACUACUAG